GGUGACUCCCCCUGAGGAGGUGACAGUCCCUACUCUCUGAGGAGGUACCAGGAGCCCACACUAUGCCUGAGAUCCCCCCAGGGGUGUUCCCUCCUGCCUCUCCCCCAGCCAGCACAAGGUUUCUCUCCCGUGCUGCCUCCCGGGGCUUUGCUGACCUUGGGGUUUUUCCAUCUGCUUACGUUUCCACUUCUGGAAAAAGGUUUAGUUUCUCCCCCUCGCAAGUUUUUUUGUUAAAUUCUCUUCUGGAUUUUUCGGCUCUGAUUCCCUCUCAGUCUCUGCCUGCUCUGGGAAACGUGUCACAAGCUCUGGGUUAAGAUUUUGGUCGCGGGAUGAUUUGAGUUAAUAUUAAAAUGCUUUAAACCUCCGAGCGCUUGCAUUUCUGUCAGCUUAAUUGACUCUGGUUAAAUACUAUUUAAAUGUAAUUACAGCAAGAAAAAUAUCCUUUUCCAUCCUUUCAAGAAGGAGAGUUGGCUUCAACAGUCAUUUUUUUUUGGGGGGAGUUGCUGGAGGAAGAUCUUUGAUCCACGUUUGCUGUGCCGAGGGCAGCUUUGUCAGCUCGUGGGUCCCAGCGAGUGUCCCCAACCUUUGUCACUCUGUAAAGCUUUAACCUCGUCCUGAAAGUUCCUGAUAGCAGCUGGGAGGGUCGUGCUGCAGCCAAUCCCACAGGCCAGGGCUCUGGAUCCUCGCUUAAACAAGCAAGAGUUGAUAGUUUGGCCUCCUCCUCUGAAGAGCCGCUCCUGGGGGCCGGCACGGCGAAUUUCCCAAAAGCUGAUGUAAAUGAGGGACUUUCUGUCCUCUCCAGACCGUGGGGUUUUGCUGUUGAGAGGGGUGAGAGCAGGGCUGGGUUGUGCAGGGCUGUGUUCCACGUCACUGAGGGUUUCCAGCCCAGGGGAAGUGGCCCACGCUCUGUUCCAGGUGUGUGUCCCAGCCCGUGUGUUCACGGGCCAUUCAGCACUUCCCAGCCCAAAUCUCUUUGGUUUCUGAGCCCUUCUCACCUGCACCUGAGAUUUCAGAGCUGUGCUGUUGCCACGUGUGCCUUUGGUCUCUCUAAGGUGAGGAGCAUCCUCUGCCAUCCCCAGAGCUGCUUUUAGUCCUGAGCACCUCCAGAAGCGCAGAAACUGCCCCAAAAGUGUUUCAGUUUCCCUUUCUCACAGCUAUUCCUUCAAGCUCAGUGCUUCCCUCAGAGAUGUAGGUAGUGAGGCAGAGUUUAUUUUUAGAGAAGAAUGAAUCAUCUCCUGGUUGUGUCUUGUCUCAUUUUGCUUUGAUGAGAAGUGAAGUCAAAGAACUGGGACCUGCUGGCUCUGGGUCCCUGAGUGCAGGUGGACAGGUGAUGCUCUGUCCCAGGAGGGCCCAGCAGCUGAGCAAGGUGGAGUUUGGAAGUGCUGAGCUGCAGGGACAGAGCCUGGGGGUGCAGCAGCUUCCUGGGAUUCCCUUCUCAGGUUGUUUUGUUGGAGGAUUGCUCUGAACUCUGCAAAGUGUGUCCUUUCACCCCGAACUCUUUCCAGUCCUUUCUGCUUCCAGCUCUGUUCUUGGGCUGAGAUUAAUGAGAGGGGGAAGACUGUUGCUGUUGGGAAGUUUGAGAGCAGGAAUUGUGGCCCUUGUUUUGCUUCUCUCAUGGUUGUCUUGAACCUCUCCUGUGUUUGGAGGCUUCUUGUUACGGGACUGGGGCUUGUCCUUGCAGCCAACAGCUUUGGCACGAGGUGUGACCUUGGCAGAGGAAUUAUCUCUAAAGCUGCUGCAACUGCUUCCUUAUCCUUGUGCUUUGUGUUUGAGGCCUGGUAGUGAGCCACUCCUUAACUUCAGUACCCAGGAGGCCAGGCUCCAAAAUAUCCAACUUCCUCAUCUGGGAGCUGGUGGAUGGGAGCUGGAUUAAUGGCUUUCACCUUUGAAAGUCCAGCAGGAGCAAAGUGGGGCAUCAUUCAGUGGCUGGAGGAACUGUGUCAGUGGCUUGUGGGGCCUUUGAACUUCCUGGGGGGAGAAUUUUUGCAGAAGGGGAGUUUUGUUGUCUACGUGGAAGGAGCAAAAACCACUGUCACCCUCUGAGCAGCUCUGGGAAAGGGACCUUGGAGGGUUCCACCUUGUGCUGUGGGAGGGAGCAUUUCUCCCUGCCAGGUUCCAGGCUGGAAUGCAGCAGUUCCUCUUGUCUUGUCCCAUUUUCAGCCCCCUCCCUCUAAUCCUGGUCCUCGUUGCCCAUUCCCAAGGUGAGAAGUCUAAAACAGGCCGGGAUAGGUGCAAGUUUGUCUUGGCACUUCCAAAUCUCCUUGGCUGCAGGUUUAAGGAAAUGAUUGGUGUCUGCUGAUGUGUGCAAGGUGUAGGUGAUCCCUGGGGGGACGGGGCAGGGCUCAGGUAAGUUCAGGAGGAAUCCUGGCACAGCGCAGGCGAUGCUUGGUUAGUAGAGACGUCACUAAUUCCAUAAGUUAUACAGUUUCUGCUCCUUGACAUAUGUUUUUUUACCUUCCUUUCUAGGAAGGGGUCUGGAGGAGGGAAAAUUUCCCUUUCUGGUGAAAGGGGACUGGAGCAUUAUGACAGUCAAGUCUUUAAAAGCUUAUGAGUUCCCAGAGUCCUGGCCGGUAGCCGCUGCCUCCGCUGAUGUUGUCGGAUGUCAAUAGAGAGAGGUUGAAGGCAACACUUCUAAUGGAGGUGACAUCCAAGGGGGCUGGCUUGAACCCCAACGCCAAAGUGUGGCAAGAAGUCCCCCAGGGGAGUGGUGAGGCCGUGCCCCCCUCAAAUGGCACCGAGCACACGUGGCAGGAGACGGCGGCGGCCCAGGGGACCCCGGCCGAGGGUAACAUAGAGCUCUCAGAGGACAGCUGCAAGCAGUAUGAAGUGAUGUAUUCCCCGUCCUGUGAAGCCACCAGGAAUGGCACCGGAGCCGACGAAGCCUCUGCCAACGGGAUCGUCCUGGCCACCGAAGACCUGGGAUACCAAAUCUAUGAAGUGUCUGGUGACGGCCCCUCCGCCGUGUCCACGGAAGACAUCAGGGAAUGUUUGAGGAAACAACUUGAAUUCUGCUUCUCCCGUGAGAAUCUUUCAAAGGAUCUCUACUUGAUGUCUCAGAUGGACAGCGAUCAGUUUGUUCCAAUAUGGACAAUUGCCAACAUGGAAGGGAUUAAGAAGCUGACCACGGAUAUGGACCUUAUUCUUGAAGUUCUGAGAUCUUCUCCCAUGGUACAAGUGGAUGAGAGAGGGGAGAAGGUCAGACCAAACCACAAGAGGUGCAUUAUCAUCCUCCGGGAGAUCCCCGAGACAACACCCAUAGAGGAGGUGAAGGCCCUGUUUAAGAACGAGAACUGCCCCAAGGUGAUAAGCUGUGAGUUUGCUCACAACAACAACUGGUACGUUACAUUCCAGUCCGACACAGACGCCCAGCAGGCGUUUAAAUACUUAAGGGAAGAAGUGAAAACCUUUCAGGGCAAGCCAGUAAUGGCCAGGAUCAAAGCCAUCAACACGUUCUUUGCCAAGAAUGGUUACCGGGUGCUGGACUCCAGCGUGUACCCCCAGCCCGUGCAGACCCAGGCCCAGUUUGCCUCCCCCCUCUUCAUGCAGCCUGUAUAUAGCCCUCAGCAGUACUCCAUCUACAGCAUCGUGCCUCAGACCUGGUCUCCAAAUCCUGCACCUUACUUUGAGACACCACUGGCCCCCUUUCCCAAUGGUGGAUUUGUGAAUGGCUUUAACACACCAGGAUCAUACAAAACAAAUGCUGCUUCCCUGAGUAUAGGUCGCCCGUUCCAUAGGAAUCGGGUGAAGCCCCAUUUCCGCUCCUCCUCCGGCUCGGAGCACGCGGAGGGGCCGCCCGCCCUGGGGGCCGUGCCCAUGGGGGACCUGGGCAGAGCCAGCUCCAGGAGUUUCGUCCUGGAGAGGCACAGCAGCCCCUUAACCGGGCACCAAGACCAAGGGUAUUCCCAGAAGGAUUCUGCCACGGCACAGCUGGAGCAGAACGGGGAUUACGGCGUCGGCAGGGGCAGGAGGAACGUGUUCCGAGGUCGGAGGAGACGGGACGACGACCGGGUUUCUAGACCUCAGCCUUCAGCAGAAACAAAGACUCAGACACCAAAGUUUGACUUGCUUGCAUCAAAUUUCCCACCUUUGCCUGGCAGCACGGCAAAAAUCCCGGGAGAGCCUGUGCUGGAGAGCAGGAUGGCCGACGUUGUGAAAGGAGUCUGCAAAGAGAAGGAAGGCAAAGACUCGCUGCCCACCUGCCCGGCGCCGGCUCCCGAGGAAGAGACGCCCAGCGCUGCCCCAGCGCCCGCCGGCAGCGCCAGCUCCCCGAGCCAGAGCGAGCCUGUGCUGCUGAGCACGGUUCAGCCAGAGAGCAAAGCAGAAGAAGCGUCUGCUCCGAAGGACGUGGCCAGCCAGGCUUCCCCACCGGCCUCCCUGUCCCCUGUCAGUGCUGCAAAGCCACCAAGGACAAACACCUCCUCACCUUCUGCUCAAGCAAGUGCAGCUCCUGCUCUGUCGACACAGGAGCCCCGCAAGCUCAGCUACGCCGAGGUUUGCCAGAAGCCCCCGAAGGAGCCGCCGCCCCCGGCGCCCGUCCAACCCCUGCGGGAGCAUCGCGCCAACAUCGUCCCUCCCGCCAAAGCCGAGGAGGACGCGCCGGCCGAGAGGGCUCCGGAGAAGGCUCCUCCUGCCGAGAAGGCUGAGGGGCGGAUGAAGGAUUACCCCGGGUUCCGUGGCCCUGGAGGAGCUCCCAGGGGAGCCGCCGGGAAAAUCAGGGAACAGAGGCGCCAGUUUGGACGCAGAUCUUCGCCUCAGGGAGCCCCGCGGCGCGUGGGGAAGGAGCAGUUUGUGCCGCCGCGGUCACCAAAGUAACGCCGGGCCAGCCCCUGGGCCUCUGGUUGGGUUGGAGCUGUUGGGCUGAGGAGCAGCAGAGACUGGGAAGGAGGAGGAAGAAAGAUUCAGGAAGGGGAAUUCUGAGCUGGAGGAGCGCGGCUCGUGCCGGAGGAGGAGUUGUGGAGGGUCCCAAAAAUUCAUCUCUUUUAAAAAAAAAAAAAAAAAAAAAGAAGCGAUCUCACGAAUGCUGGAGGAUUCCAAUCACUAUAAAUAUAGAGAUUAUAAUUUUUGUAUUUUUUUUUUUUGUUUUUUUUAAUUUGCAGAGGGGGUUUUUUUUUCCUGCUUGAAAAAUCGGGUUUGGGGGCUUGUGAAAGUGGUGUUCUGACAAAGAGAAAGGAUCCGACUUGGACGAAUUAACCCGUCCCUCGGCGUGGGAGGAGGAGGAAAAAAAAAAAAAAAGGAUAAGAGAAUAUUAUUUUUGAAAUAAUGAGCGUUUCUGUAAAAUUAGAACUCUUUUUUUUUUUUUUUUUAACCUAUUUAACAUUUGGCUUUGUGGGCUGGUGUGUGUGCCAUGGGUGGCCUUGCUUUGCAGACCCUCCUGAGCGGGGCGAGCGCAGCCAGAGCCGAUGAAAACCGAAUGUACUGCUGUAGUUAAACCUCGUGUUUCCAGCUUGAAGUAGAGUCUCUUGACCUUACUAAUGAUUCAUUCAGCGAGCUUUUUUAAAAAAAGUGUAAUUUUUGCAGGAUUCUGGGAUGGUAGAGGAGAGGGUGUGGACGGGAGGAGGCAGGAGGAGCACGUCAGAGUUUUUAAUUUGCCCUUUUUUUCCUCGCCUCCUUUCGAGGGCAACUUCUUAGGUUUGGGGUUUUGUUUGUUUGCUUUUUUUUUCCCUCUCUCGUUACUUUCUCUGAUUUCUUUAUUACAGACUGUAGUGUGUUUUUCCUGAGGCAGGCCCAGUGGCCCCACAGUGUGGCUGCACAGGUAAAGAGCCUGGAAAUUCCGGCUGCAGAUGUGGAAUUCUGCCUUGGCAGGUGGGAACUCUGGGCACUCACCAUCCUCUCUGGGUGGCUGGCAGCAAACCAGAGCCAGGUUUUCUUUGUCCUGCCUCUGGAACAGGCUGGUUGGCCUCCAGAGAUCAGGGUUUUUACAUCUGGGGAACUCGUUGUUUACAGCUGAUGUGGUAGCAACUGACUCGUUGGAACUGUUUAAAGUGGAACUGAAGGUGAAGAGUUGAAACCCCCUCAUGUUCAGAGAAGCUGCUGGAAAGGUGGCACCUUGCCAGCUGUGUGCUGCCCGAAUUUGCAACACUAUUGUGCAGUAAGUGGUUAAGUUUCAGGGUGAUUAAUGACCGAAAUAGGAACAUUCAGCUCAUUAAUCUGCCAAAAUCAGCAUGCCAGGGUUCAGAGUUCUGUAUAAAGCAUUAGGGAAAAGUAGCUUCCAGCAGUAAGAAUCACAUUUUUAUUUUUUUCCUCUUUUUUUUGUCUUUUUUUUAGGUUUUUUGUUUUGUUUUGUUUUUUUGUUUUAGUGAAUAGCAAGUGUACAAAUUUAAAAAGUCGUAAGUUGUGAACACUGGAAAAAAAAACUCAAUUGUGAUUAUAUUCCGUAACCAUCUUUAGUAAUUAAUAUAUGCUCGUGUUGCCAUAGAAUGAAUGUAAGUGGCAGUUAAAAAUAACUGUGAAAUUUUUCAUCUUCUGAGUUUCUUAAGCCAGAUAACCCUCGGCCUCAGUAGGGAUUCUCUAUCAACCUGCUUGGAGAACACUCAUAUCUAUUUUUAUAAAUAUAUAUAUAAAGCCAGAGUUGUCAUUUCUCUAACUUAUUAUUCAGCUUGGCAGUUGCUUUGAGUUGAUCCAUAACACGAUAUAAUGUAUUUAUGCAGUUAACUGUUCAUUUCUACGCAUGGGGUUAGAAGUAGAACCCUAGAAUAGGCUGAGCUGGAAGGGACCCGUCAGGAUCAUCGAGUCCAACUCCUGGCCCUGCCCAGGACCCCCCCAAAAUUCCCACCAUGUGCCUGAGAGCGUUGCCCAAACGCUUCUUGAAGUCAGACAGGCUUGGAGCUGUGACCACUUCCCUGAGGAGCCUGUUCCAGUGCCCACCCACCCUCUGGGGGAAGAACUUUUUCCUGAGAUCCCACCUAAAACCUCCCCCUGACUCAGCUUCCUGCCCUUCCCUCCCCUGUAGUGUGUAUACAUAUAUAUAUAUAUAUAAAAAAAUAUAUAUAUUAAAAAAACCAAAACCAUUAUUCACUUUCAAACUACCUGUACUGGGUUUGGGAGGUUUGUUGUUUUUUAUUUUUUCUUUUUUAAUUUAGUAAAAAAAAAAAAUCAUCACAUCUAUGGUUUAGGGAUUCUUACAGACCCUUCUCCCUUUACUUUGGGGACGCUGAGCUUGUUGGAAUGAGAGGGAAGCUUGAAACAUUUCGAGUGUCAAAGCUCUGAAAUGCAAUGAAAUGCAAAGUUGGAUUUGUUCUAAAGGCUUUUAAAUGAUUCCUGCAGCCCAAACUGGAACAAAAUGAACCUGUGGGAUGGUCACAGGUGUCUGGGGGAGAUGGGGGAGAUGUGCCCUGUGGUUGGGAGGCUGAGGAAGUGUUGGGGUGCCCGUGGCUGAUCCGAGCAGGAAUUGUGUGGGAUCUGCUGCAGGUGGGGAUCAGAAUUCCCUGAUCCAUCUGCUGGAGGGACCUGGUGGGGCUGAGAGGACCUGGGUGGGGUCAGAGGAGGGGAAAACCCAACCAGCUGCAGCUCAGUCCUCGUGGGAGAUGGGAAGGGAUGCUCUGGGUGUCCUGGGAGAUGGGAAGGGAUGCUCUGGGUGUCCUGGGAGAUGGGAAGGGAUGCUCUGGGUGUCCUGGGAGAUGGGAAGGGAUGCUCUGGGUGUCCUGGGAGAUGGGAAGGGAUGCUCUGGGUGUCCUGGGAGAUGGGAAGGGAUGCUCUGGGUGUCCUGGGAGAUGGGAAGGGAUGCUCUGGGUGUCCUGGGAGAUGGGAAGGGAUGCUCUGGGUGUCCUGGGAGAUGGGAAGGGAUGCUCUGGGUGUCCUGGGAGAUGGGAAGGGAUGCUCUGGGUGUCCUGGGAGAUGGGAAGGGAUGCUCUGGGUGUCCUGGGAGAUGGGAAGGGAUGCUCUGGGUGUCCUGGGAGAUGGGAAGGGAUGCUCUGGGUGUCCUGGGAGAUGGGAAGGGAUGCUCUGGGUGUCCUGGGAGUGCAUUUCCAGCAGCAGAUCGUGGCUCUUGUGCAGUGAAUGCAAGUCAGGCUGUGACUUGGCUUUUCCCAGCACAUCCCAGCUUCUCUCAGCUUGGGGUGCUGGGAGUUACUGAUUUCCUACCUGGGUGCAGGGAUUUCACAGGAGCCUUUCCCUUCCACCCUUUCCAGCUGUGGUUUGGGGUUUGGUUCUUUUCCUUUUCAUCCUUUUCCGUGCAGGGGGAAAUUCCCAAGUGGACACAGAGGCUGUGAAUCCAUAGUGGGGUGGGAGUUGUGCCCCAGGAUUCAGGGACAGGGCUGUUGUUCCCUUCUCCUCCUUCAGAGUUUUGGUAGAGGCAGAAACACUUCCCAGUUCAGUUCUUUUCCAAAUUACGUGGAAAAAAUGCCCCCCCCCCCCCCCCCCUUGUGCUUCUGCUGAAAGGAGGAGGAAUUCUUUUUUUUGCAUGUGAUAGAUUAAAAAAGUGCAAAAAAAAACCCAAAAAAAAAGGUUCUAUUUCUUUGGAUUUCUAACAUUGAGUUAGUUUUUAUAGUAUCUGACAUUCCUGCUCUCGUCGUUUCGUUUCGUUUUUAAAUUAGCCUGGUGCAGUUCUAGCUGUAGGUUUAAACAAAAAUAAAAAUAAAAUUUAAAAACGCUAAAAAAAAAUAAAAUAAAAUAAAAAUAAA